GGCUCCACCCCCACUACCAGCCGCUGCUGUCCUGCACCCACCGGGCCAACGGCAGCGCCUUCGCCAUCAGCUACGGCAGCGGCAGCCUCCGCGGCUUCCUGAGCACCGACACGCUCACGAUAUCCAACGUGUCCGUGCCCAACCAGACGUUCGCCGAGGCCGUGGCGCUGCCGGGGCUGGCCUUCGCGGCGGCGCGCUUCGACGGCGUGCUGGGGCUGGCGUUCCCCGGCGCGGCCGCCGGCCCCGCCCGGCCCGUCUUCGACAACAUGAUGGAGCAGCGGCUGUUCCGCAACAACGUCUUCUCCUUCCGCCUGCGCAG